UGAUGCUCCAUGGCGAAAGAUCAUCCGUAAUGUCUACUGCAUCAUGUGCUGUCUGUCCUUGCUCAGUGGUUUGUCGGCUGAAGCUCACAAGAAAAUGGGGAACAAACAGGAGAAGAUCCCUGAAGGAAAAGGCCCUUAUUCUGUGGGCUGUACGGACCUCAUGACUGGUCCCGGCAUUCAGGGAAGCUUUUUGCGACUGUAUUACCCAUCCCAAAAUGACACAAGUUGUGAAGACACCGUAUGGAUUCCCAAGAAAGAAUACUAUUAUGGGCUGUGUGAUUUCAUGAAUGUGUGUCGGACCAUGGGACAGUUUGUUCUUUCGCGCUAUGUUGGCCCCAUGACCUGCCCUGCCAAAUGGGAUGCUGCAUUCAAGCCUGGAGAAAGAUACCCCCUCAUUAUUUUUUCCCACGGACUUGGCGCUUUCAGAACCCUCUAUUCAACGAUCUGCAUUGAAAUGGCUUCUCGGGGAUUUGUCGUUGCGUCUGUUGAGCACAGAGACCAGUCCGCUUCAGCGACGUAUUACUAUAAGGAGAAGCCUUCGCCAGAAGUAAAAGGAGCAGCUGCAGAAUUGCAGGAGGAAUGGAUGUAUUACAGGAAGUCAAAACCAAGUGAAGAGGAUACUGCUCUUCGUCGGAAACAGGUGCAGCAGAGGGCCGAGGAGUGCACCCGAGCCCUUGACCUCUUGCUGGGCAUUGGCUCCGGAAAGCAAGCGGAGAACUUGCUGCCGCUGAAUUUUGAUUGGACCCGUGUCAAGGACUCCAUUGACGGUCACAGGAUAGCGGUGAUGGGGCAUUCUUUUGGGGCGGCUACAGCCAUUGAGACCCUUAGCAAAGACACACGAUUCAAGUGUGGCGUGGCCCUCGAUGCGUGGAUGCUGCCCCUCAGCGAUGAAGUGUAUGACCGAGUUCACCAGCCAGUGCUGCUUAUCAAUUCAGAAAAAUUCCAGUGGGCAGCCAACCUUUUAGAAAUGCAGAAACUGGCCUCUGCCAACAGGGAAACAAAAAUGAUCACUAUCAAAGGCACGGUGCAUCAGAGUUUCACAGACUUCACAUUCCUGUCCGGCAGCAUCGUUGGAAAGAUUUUUAAACUCAGAGGAGAGCUAGAUCCAAACGUGGCCAUCGAUACUAGCAAUGAAGCUUCAUUAGCCUUCUUACAAAAACAUUUAGGCCUCCAUAAAGACUUUGACCAGUGGGACCAGCUCGUGGAAGGCAAAGGCCCUAAUGUCAUCCCUGGCACGAACGUUGAGCUGCCUCCUUCAACAAAACAAUAAAGGAUGCACUGAAAAAUCUUGUGCCUAGAACACUUGAUUGGCACAGUGCCGCUUGCCACCCAAUGGCAACUUCCUCACUAUUGGCACUGACUGAAAGAAGAGGAUUUAAGAAAGGCAGUUUUGUAACCUACCUGGGCAGCUGCACAAAGUUACACUGCGAUAUUGGUAGGGUAGUAUUUCCACAUGGUUGCCAGUUUAUAAGCUUAUCUCAUAAUGAUAGACGAUUGAACACCUAUACUGAGUAAGGAUGGCUGUGUCUAGUAGAUUGAGAGCUCUGUUCACAACAUGUUUUAUGACAUUGGAUGAAGAACGCAGCUCAUGUGCAGUUCGAAGGGUUUCACUUCGGUAUCACUGGCAGAUAGCUAAUGCCAGCUGUCAUUAUGAGCGCUCCAGUUCUGUUCAGGCCCACUUCCACAGGCGUGGAUCAUUUCAAUCAGAACCAUUCUAUUAAUAUGAGCAGAGUAAAUUUCCAUGCUUGGACACGCGCCCCCCCCCCCUUCGGUACCUGGAAGCUGGGCCCUGUGAAACAUGGCUGACGAAAGGGAUCAAACUGGAAUUCCAUCUUGGAUGGGCUGCAAGUGGCUACACCCUUCUUUAGCAUAUGGAGCCGCCUAUAAUGACUCUUAAGGAGCUGCGGUGGCUCAAGUGGUUAAGA